CGGCAUCGUUCCCCCGCCUCCCCCACCGAUCCUCAGAAUUGCGACAAUGAGCGGCGCGGGCGAGAACCGCUGGCGGAGGCCAGGACAAGGUAAUUCGAAGGACGGACGACAGCAACCUACCGCGCCGACAGGCAAUGCGUGGGGCAACAAGGCCAUUCAGGGCAACAAGCCUGCAAGUCUAGGACAGGCAGCGCCAGCUUCUGUUCCCAGGGAAGAGCACGUCCCCGUGCGUGACUUCAAUGCAGUCGAGGUCAGGGACUAUCUGAAGAAGAAGUACCGUGAGACCGUUGCGGAUCAUCCAGCGGUAUACCACAAGGUCGAGGGUGACUCUGUUCCCAAGAGAAGCAGUGGAGUGUGGGGUGCCAGAGGCGCCGGCACAUCACACAAGAUGCCUAACGGGCAGAACUUCUUCGACGUGCUCAAGAAGCAGCUCGCCAGUCUCGACCAGAACAAAUGAUCGCGCACGAUACACACGCGUAUACACCUUUUGAUUCAGCGGCAUUACAAGGGCAUUGCGGGCGUUCUGCGAGACACGGUUUGUCUACGGGUGGAUGGCUUCUUUGCGGUAACAUGCAGAAGCCUGGACUGUCCUACACCAUGGCGUUGUGGACAUGAUUCAUAUGGGUAUGCAUCUCUUGGUUUGUGGGUAUGGUCAAAGCGAUACUCGUUUGCAUUACGGGCGUCCUUGGUAUGGCACGAACACCGAUUGAGCAUAGAGCGCGGUCAAGACUGUGCAUAUUGUUCUUUAUGUACAAAGUCAAUUGUGGUAAAACGCUUGCGAUCGGGAACAUAGGCACGAGCACGUUCUUACUACAUCAACAUCAAUAAAAG